UCCGAGCUGCCAGCAAUCCUGGAAGAAAAAAACUGAGUGGAAAAUAAUUUUACGAGAUGAUGUGGAGAACUGAUCAAUGGAUAUGCCUAUGAGAAAUAAAGACAAAAGCCAAUGAAGUGUCUUAAGGUGGUUUAAACCGUAGUAAAUACAAAGGCCGGGAGAAAAAUGGCCUGGUUAAUCCGAUCCAAAGCUCGAUUGCUUGUAUCAGCAACAAGGCCAUUGCGGGCACCUGUCGACUCUUUUCAUUGCUCACAUUUCUCUGAUCUUACUGAUCACUCUGUUUGCAGUUCCCCAAGGAAAUGGCUUCGUUCAAAGGCAAUGAGAUUGAAUGAUGUGGAUGACACCCAAUCAAGAUCAUCGUCUUCACCCCAGAUCAAUAGGAGGCCCCCAGUUUCACAGUUGGAGGUUUCAAGCAAUUCCCUUGCUCUACACGAAUUUGCUGGCUCUGAAGUGCAGAAUGUGAAUAAUUCUGGUGUCAGGGUGGACUUGUUUGAUGAGUUGAAACAGAGAUUUCUGAGUUUUAAAAGGCACAAAUAUUUGGAAGAAUUGGAGCAUUUUCAAACCCUUAAAGAAGCUCAAUCACCCAAGUUCAUGGUAAUUGCUUGUGCAGACUCCAGGGUAUGCCCUUCUACGAUUCUUGGAUUUCGACCUGGAGAGGCCUUCAUGAUUCGAAAUGUUGCAAAUCUUGUUCCUCCGUUUGAGAAUGGACCAUCGGAAACUAAUGCUGCCCUUGAGUUUGCAGUAAAAACUCUUGAAGUUGAAAACAUAUUAAUCAUUGGUCACAGUUGCUGUGGAGGAAUUCAAACCCUUAUGAGCAUGCGAGACGAUGGAGACUCAAGUUUUAUCAAAAGCUGGGUUACAACAGGGAAAGUUGCCAAGUCCAGAACAGAAGCUGCGGCAAACCACCUUAGCUUUGAUCAACAAUGCAGACUCUGUGAGAAGGAAUCCAUAAACCGCUCACUACUGAACUUGCUAACAUAUUCCUGGAUAGAAGACAAGGUGAGGGAAGGACUGCUUUUUGUUCAUGGAGGAUACUAUGAUUUUCUGAAUUGUUCAUUUGAGAAGUGGACGCUUGAUUUCAAGGGAAGCAGUGGUGAAGAAGGGGCCAGGCUCUUAGUCAAAGAUCAAGAACUUUGGUGCUGAUUGUCUUGCCUUUGUAUCCAUCAUAGAUGGAAAUCUUCCUUCCCGUAAAGAUCGAAAAUGUAAAUGAAAUUGAUUUGAAGAUCUUCAUAGGGACUAAUCAUUGUUAUAAGACCAAAAAAAUUAUACCACUACUAUGCCACAUUAUAAUACAGAUUUUUGUGGAAAUGAAUUGAACCACAUUGCAUUUUGGAAUUGUUAGAUCGAUCUUGAACUCAGUUAUGUAAUUGUGGAAUUGAAUCGGUGGUAGAUUUGGACAGUGUAGGUUAAAUAUUGAGGUGAAUA